AUGCCAACCUCGAACUCUGCACGACAUCAGAGAGCGCGUGGAGAGGGCUCCUGUGAGACCGCUGAGGAAACCAGCAAUUACUGGUUGCGGAUCUUCCCACUUCCUCCACGCUUUGGCUACAUUGCGAUCAAGAAGUUGACGCGCGACUUGCUCCAAACCGACAAAGACCUGGUCACUGGCGAGACGAACAAUGAAAAACGGUAUGCACUAAUGUGCAUGAGUUCCCAGGAAAUCGCCGAACAGCUGGCAGCUAAAGUCCGCGGUCACUGCCCGCAGCCUGGGGCGGAGCCACUGAAUGCCGAGCUGUAUUCAGAAGAAGAGCGGCACGCGCAAUUCGGACCAUUACAAGCUCAGCAGCGUGCUCUGCAGAGUAGCCAGCCGAUGCAGCUAGGCAGGCACGAGAAGCCCAGUGAGCAGCUUGUUGGUGGCACCAAGCGCUUCGUGAUUGUUCGCAACCUCACCCCGGAUGCCAAGAGUUAUGCCUGGUUCCGGCGCUUCCCGGCCUCGGAUCGAAUGAAGACAGCUACAGUGCACGGUCACAAGGGCGGCCCGCGCUGGGCGGCCCUGGAAUGCGCUUCGGAAGAGGACGCCAUGCGCCUUGCGAAAGAGGUCGCUGCAUUCGAGGUGCCUGCCGAGGCUUCGGGGCCAUUCCAGGCCAAGUAUCGUGAUCAGCGUGAGACGCUCUACGACUCUCUACGAGUCGGUCGAGAGGCCCCGGGACGAGCGGGGCCAUCACGGCCAUGCCUGACAGAAGACCUGAGCGACGAGACGACCGUAAGGAGGAGCGGCGUGAAGACCGUCGCGAAGAGCGCCGGGAUGACAGACAAGAGCGACGAGACGACCGCCGGGAUGACCGACGGGAAGAUCGUCGAGAGGAACGCCGGGACGAUCGUCGAGAUGAGCGCAGAGACGACCGGCGAGACGAGCGCCGCGAGGAUCGCCGAGAUGACCGGCGAGAGGACCGGAGGGACGAGCGGCGAGAUGAGCGUCGAGAUGAUCGGCGAGAUCCGAGGGAACAUCGUGAUGACCGCCAACAACGCACAGUUCGCUUGGAAGAUCGCCGUGAUGACGGGCGUGACGAUCGCAGAUACGAGCGAAGAGAAGAUCGAGCAUAUGAAAGAGAUGAGAGGAGAGACGAUCGCCAAGGUGACCGCAGAGGUGAUCGCAGAGAGGAGCGGUAUGCGGAUCGUGAUGGGUAUGGACGACAGGAGCAGCGCUGGGACAAUCGUCAGGAGUAUUACCGACGCGAUCCUGCGAAAGAGCAGCAGGGCUCCAGGCACUAUGAUGAUGGAUCCCAUCAUGGUCGGCAAGACGGACGCGAAGUCAGACGCGAUGAUCGGCGAGAUGACCGACGGGACGACCGUGGCCAAGAGCGCCGAGAUGAUCGGAGAUAUGAGGAGAGGCGUGACGACCGGCGAGGCGGGGAGCGCCCCCGCGAAGAGCGCUGGUCAGAGGGUGGCCAGCUCCGCGAAAACGAUCGAAGCCGGAUGGAGAGGACCCGUUCUCGGAGCCUGGGCCCUGGCAGAACAGCGGUUCGGGGGUGAUUUUGGCGGUGGCCUGUGGUCUCACGGGCUUCCAGGUCGAGUCCAAGCGCAAGACAGGCGUGAUGCCAAGAGCCAGCAGGACUACCCUGCCAGCCGAAGGAGCGACGGCGAGGCGCUUCCGGGCCAGCUCACCAUCCAGAGUGCACCGCAACCAUCGAUUGCGCCGGCACUAAGGGAUAUCGACCGGACACGCAGGGAGCAGGCCCGGUCCGAGGCUGAAAAGAAGGCUGUUGCCGCAGAGCAAGCAUCGCUGGAGAAGCAAAAGGAGGCCAUUCGAGCAAACGAGCGGCUGCAAAAUGCCAAGAGAAAAGCCGAAGAGGUCGGCUUGGCACUGCAGGAGCAGCAGAAGCGGGCGAAGGCUUUGUACGAAGAGGCUCAGGCGAAGAUGAAGGAGGCCGAGCUGGCCGAGCAGGCUUCCCUGGAGGCCGGCGGGGCAGCGGAGCGCUACAAGGACUACUCUGCGCAAGCCGACCGGGACGCCCAGCAAGCUUCCAUGGAGGCCGCCAGGCUCGCCAAAGAUGCUGCCGUGGCCAAGCAGGAGGCACAAAAGCUGCGGGCGGCAGCAGGCAAGAUCAUGAUCGAG